UCUCUAAUAAAGCAGGUCGAAGAUAAUAUGAGAUGAAUCGUUUUCCGUUCAUUGUGAAAUAAAUUUGGAAUAAAACCGGAGGGCACCACUCGGCUAUACCUUAUCGACACUAUAAACAUUGGCGCAGCCAUGGAGAGCGGAAACUUGGAAGGUACCGCCACCGCAGAAGGGGCAGCCUGUGCAAAUGACUCAUCGCCAUCGCUGAACGUUCUGUGUGCGAUUUGCAACGAGUUUUUCCGGGCGAACGACAUCAUUUUCUCGACCGCCAGCUGUGGCCACGUUUUCCACAAGGAUUGCCUCAACCGCUGGCUAAACACAUCGCACACCUGCCCGCAGUGCAGGGGCGCCUGCACCCGGAACCGCGUCCACCGGCUGUACCUGAACUUCGCCGAGCCCACGGAGUACGAUGAUGCGGAACCGCCCAAAGCGCAGAGCAUCGAGUGGGUGCCCAUGGAUCUGGACAGGAACAGCUUUCCGGAUGCCCACCUGCCGCCCGAGGGAGCGGUGCAGUGCGGCACCAACGAGGACGGUUUGCCCACGUAUGUGGCCAGAGGCUACUACCACGAUGAUCUCCUGCCCUCCGUUUAUGUGCCGGAAAAGAAGGCUGCCUUCGGAUCGCAUGCCUGCAGGGCCCACAUCCUUACCGAUGACGUGGAGAUCUUGGUGCUGAACGACUGUGACUACAAGUGGGUGCCCGGUGCGCAUGGCUCCUAUCCGCGGGAUGCCCUGAAAACGGGCUACUCCGAGUUGCACGAGGUGACCUACACGGGUCGCGGACUCUACGAGGGCGUUCUUCGACUGGGUAAAGUGCAUCCCUCCCACAAGGUCAUGUACAUCCCGCAUCGCCAUCAGGAGGUCAACGUCAACACCUAUGAGGUCCUGGUAGUCACACCACGCGAGCAGGCCGAACGAUAACCUGGAAUCUCCUUACGCCUUAUUAUUGUACGAAUCUGUGUUAUGUGUAUGUACGUUGGAUACAUUUAAGAAUCUUAAAUUCCCCAUGUGAUUAUAUUUCUCCCAAUCCCAGUAGCUCUUUGUCAUAUUCUCAAAGUGUUUGUCUAGACCUCACUUAUCUCUUAUGUGAAU